UCCUCCACCAAGAUAGUCAUGGAGGUGUUUAGAGAAGUUCUACUGUGGGUACUUUCAUGGCUCUGUUUGUUCAUUGGGUUUAGAUAUAUUAUGAGGAAGAACAGAAAGCUUCCUCCUGGGCCUUCUGGAUGGCCUAUUUUAGGCUGUUUGCCUCUGCUUGGCCCAAUGCCUCAUGUCACUUUGACAAACCUGUCAAAGAAAUAUGGGCCAAUUCUGUACUUGAAACUGGGUACAAAUAAAAUGGUGGUGGCCAACACACCUGCUGCUGCAAAGGCCUUUUUAAAGACACUGGAUAUCAAUUUCUCCAACAGGCCUGGCAAUGCAGGAGCUACUUAUCUGGCCUACAACUCUCAGGACAUGGUGUGGGCACCUUAUGGUGGGAGGUGGAAGAUGCUCAGAAAGGUUUGCAAUCUUCAUAUGUUGGGUGGCAAAGCUUUAGAUGAUUGGCAACCUGUGAGAGUAUCUGAGAUGGGUCACAUGCUUAGAUCCAUCUUAGCUCGUUCCAACAAAAGUCUUGCAGUGAACAUACCCGAAUUGCUUAACCUGUAUGCAGCUAACAUUUUUGGUCAGAUUAUUUUAAGCAAGCGAGUCUUUGAAAGAGAAGGGGAUGAAGCCAAUGAGUUCAAGGACAUGGUAGUUGAGCUCAUGACAACUGCAGGGUAUUUUAACAUUGGUGAUUUUAUACCCUCUAUUGCAUGGAUGGACUUGCAAGGAAUACAACGAGGAAUGAAGAAGUUGCACAAGAGAUUUGAUUCGAUGCUAACUAGGAUGAUUGCAGAACACCAAGCCACAGCUAAGAACAGGAAGAAUCCAGACUUUUUAGACAUUGUCAUAUCUCAACGUGACAACUGUGAUGGUGAGGGAGGACAAUUAUCUGAUGUUCAUAUCAAGAGUCUUCUUCUGAAUUUAAUCACUGCAGGAACAGAUACUUCGAGUAGUUUGAUCGAAUGGACUCUUGCGGAACUCAUUUCAAAUCCCAAGCUUCUUCACCGUGCACAUGCAGAAAUGGAUAAAGUGAUUGGUCGUGAUAGGCGUCUUAAAGAAUCAGACAUCUCAAAUCUCCCCUUCUUGGUUGCUAUUUGCAAAGAAGGCUUCCGCAAGCACCCCUCCACUCCACUUAGCCUUCCACGUGUCUCUACGGAACCUUGUCAAGUAGGUGGCUACUACAUACCAAAGGACACUCGUCUCAUGGUCAACAUCUGGGGCAUUGGAAGGGACCCCGAAAUAUGGGACAAACCCCUUGAAUUCAAUCCAGACAGGUUCAUAGGUUCCAAGAUUGAUCCACGUGGCAAUGACUUCCAGCUCAUACCAUUUGGUGCAGGUAGGCGCAUAUGUGCUGGCACUAGGAUGGGGAUUACAAUGGUGGAAUAUACUUUAGGAUCAUUGAUCCAUGCCUUUGAUUGGGAAAUGCCACCAGAAAAUAACAUCCUAAACAUGGAGGAGGCUUUUGGACUAGCACUUCAGAAGAAGGAGCCUCUUGUGGCAAAGGCUACCCCUCGCCUUGGUCUCCACUUAUAUUAGACUAAGAUGAGAAUCUUCUAGUUGAAUGUUUUUUUAAUAAUAUCCUAUGGUUUGUUAGGUUCAUGCUAGUUAAAACUAUGUAGGCUACCCCUCACCUUGCUCUCCACUUAUAUUAGACAAAGAUGAGAAUCUUCUAGUUGAAUGCUUUUUAAAUAAUAUCAUAUAGUUUGCUAGGUUCAUGCUAGUUAAAACUAUGUAGGCUACCCCUUGCCUUGCUCUCCACUUAUAUUAGACAAAGAUGAGAAUCUUCUUGUUGAAUGUUUUUUAAAUAAUAUC